AGUACGGAUAACUGUCAAGAGUAUCCGGAGUUCACCUGGGCGGGGCUCAAAAUAAAAUUUCCAAGAUGCCAGUGUCUUCGCUGAUAAAGUUUUCAAGAUACAGUGCUCUGACAGUAGGAUUAGCUUAUGGAUAUACUAGAAACAAAAGACUAGUGAAAAAAGAAGCAGCUCUCAAGGCACAAGAAGCUGCCAAGAAAGGGGCUGGGAAGAAAUAAUAGCAACUGAGAAAGGACCUUUAUUAACUAUUAUUAGAGCUAGAUCAACUGGAAUGCAUUAUUUAAUAAAAGAAAUUAAGUGUAAAGAGUAUGUCGCCAUGUUUUUUUUUACAUAUUGAGCCCCGCCCAUCUACUAAAAUUUAACCCUUUGCUUUUAAAGUUAAGGCGGGAAAAUGGCGGAUUGUUUGUCCUUUUCCACAAGCUCUGGAGGACAGGUUGGGCUGUGGAGUGAGAGCUCUGGUCGAUCACAAUCCUACGAACAAACAGAACUAGUAACAGUGUUUACUGAGGAUGAGACACAAUGCCGCUCUCUCUCCUGGAACAGUACCAAUACUCUAUUAGCCGUAUGCCCCACUAGAGGCGAUCACGUUGCUCUCCUCAACUGCAAGGAAAAGAACCUAUCACUUGCAAAGCAAAUCGAACCAAAAUCUUUGCUUGAAACAGGAAGUGUUAAUGGUACGGGCGGAGUCAGUAGCACUUGUUUUCUUGGCAAUGGGCACCAGCUGCUGAUUGGUUUGACGUCUCCUGUUGUGUCAUUAUGGGAUACUGAGACUCAAUCUGUCGUUAGGAAUUACGUAGGUCAUUCGUCUUCUGUUACGUGCGUAACAAGGAAUAUUAAAGACUCUUAUAUCAUCUCUGGCCUAGAAGAUGGGAACCUCACUAUACACAAGACAUCAUCGUCUCAACCAGUGACACAACUCACAGAGAAAGGAGGAGGAGGUGAUAAAGGAGAAAGUGCAGUGCAUGUUCGAUUCUCACCUUCUGAACAAGCAAUGAUCGGUUCUUGUCAUGCAGGGGGAGCUGUUAGAUUAUGGAGUGUAGAGUCACAGCGACUGCUAACAACAUUCUCAUACACUCACUCGGGUGGAGCCAAUGAUAUUGCUUUCUCUCCUUACAAUCGUAUGCUGAUGGCCAGUGUUGGCCAGGACAGUGUCAUUUGCUUAUAUGACCUAAUUCAGAGAAAGAUCAUAACACAAGUCUCCUGUCCUAUUCCUAUUACUUCAUUGCUCUUACUUAAAGAUGGCAUAACAAUGAUAGGAGGUGGUCUAGAUGGUAACAUUUAUGUGUAUAAUAUGAGGAAUUGUAAAGAGCCCAGUAAUGUAAUAUCAGCACAUGACAAGCCAAUAACAGCACUGGCAGCACAAAAUACAGUUAAGACUAGAUCUGCCCGUAAAUUACCAAGUAGAAGUCAGAAAAAGAAAGUUGCCAUUGACACAUCAACUACUGUCUUUUCUCCAGCUGACAAUACUGCCAGUCCUCUUCUUAGCUCAGUCAUCACUCCAGCUCCGUCUCUGAAACAAGUAUCAAGUGUAUUUAGUCCCCUUGAUAGUAAUGAGGCUCCAUUACCUAAUGUUGAUAUGGUGACUCCUUCCGAUGCUUCAAGUGUUUCACUAUCAGACACUCCAUUUCAUACUAGCAUCAGUACAAGUAGUGUAUUCUCUCCUCUUGAGGCAUCAAAUGUCAACUUAUUCCGAUCAACUGCAACCAAUUCCUCGUCUACAUUAUUAGCAAGGACUGUGGCCCCACCUCUAACUCCGCCUCUUUUUCCCACUGUGUCUCAACCUAAUGCUAGACCUCAAGUUACUAAAACCAUCAGCACUUUAGCUAAUCUUACGGAGCAGUCGUUUCCUACUGACUCUACUCUUAUUAGUGCCCCAUUGGCCUCGUCAGCACUCUUAGGCAGUACGAUCCCUUCACAGCUGCACCAGCCACAGGUUCAGAGUACACCAUCAUCUACCACUCCAGCAUUACAACCUAAGCAGACUCCUGAUUUGUCUGGUAAGGAAAAACCAGUCGUUUCGCCUUUGUCUCCUUCAAGACCUGCCCAGCGUGGUGACACGCCCCCUAAGGCUCAACCCGCUCCACAGAUCCAGAUGCAAUAUCUUGAGAAUAUAUUGAAAGAUCAACAAGACGAAAUUAUCUGGAGCACACAUCGUGACAUUAACAAUCUAUCCGUGUCAAUGAUAAGACAGUUUGCUACACUACAGAAUCAGAUGAUAGUAGCAUUGACUGCAAUAAGUGAAAAGGUAGACAAACUAACUGAUGAAGUUGAAACAAUGAAACAGCAGCUCAACCAAUUAACUCCAAAAUAUUAAUAAAAUAAUACAGGCUUAAUACAAGAACAGCUCUCUUGGUAUAAUAUUUAAAAUAUAGAUAUAAUAUAUUGUUGUAGUAAAUCGAGAGAUUUAUUGUGACGUUUUUAUUAAUACAUUGCUCUAUGGUUGACUCCUAAA